AUGUCAGGCUACGAAGUCGAACACAACAUCUCCCCCGAGGAGGCAAAGGCCAACGCCGAGCAGCGCCGGCGGCCGGACCUCUCGACCUUCUACUCGGCGCUCGAGCAGCUCGACACGUCCGACGAGGCCCACGCCCGCCACAACCCGCACGCCCUGCCCACGCCCACCGACGUCAUCGCCCUGUUCUCCAUGUACCGCGACGCCCUGGUCGUCAUGGGCGCCGACCGCGACGGCGACGCGUCGGACAAUCCCAUGUUCGACCAGCUGCAGGCUUUGAUCGACAACCCGCCCAAGGAGAUUGACGGCGUGCCCGACAGCUUCUUGGACGAGCUGGAGCGCGUGCCGAAGAAGGACCUGAAGAAAGACGACGAGUGUGCCAUCUGCAGGUUACCGUUCCUGGACGAUCCGUAUCCGCUUGUUGUGGAGCUCCCUUGCAAUGCCAUGCAUCGCUUCGACCUGGACUGCAUCCGUCCGUGGCUGAAGAUGAACAGCACGUGCCCACUUGAUCGGAAGGCCCUUCUAAAGAAGAAGACCCCGCCUCCGCCAGAUGACGACGAGGAGGAGUGGGAUGAUCAGUUUGGUUGA